AUUAAUUGGGAGUUGCUAGAUCUAGUCCACAAGAUCUAGAAUCGAAAUCUAAACUACGAUACUUUUUUUAGAAUCUAAUUCUAAUCUAAUGUUUAUUCAGAAAAACGUCUUUAUAUUUUUGUAUUUAUUGCCGUUAAUGAGAUCUAGAAAUAGACCUUAAUUUGUUUUUUUUUUUUGUGUAGAUCUAUCUAGAUCUUGAUAAAUUUCAUUGAAAAAAAAAUUUCUGUGGUUGCUAAGCUCUAAAACUUAUUCUGACUCUCACUCACGCUCAUCGUAAAUGAUUUUACUGAUUGGACCUUCGUCAACUGGCAAAACUCUUCUUCUCAAACGUUUGCAAAACAACAACUCGACCAGCACAAAAGAUGAAGUUCCAUCCACCAUAUCAACUGUUGGUACUAACAUUAUGACAGUGAAUGUGUUAAGGAAAGCUGAGGUCACUAUAAGAGAGCUUGGUGGAGUGAUGGGUCCAAUAUGGAACAAUUACUAUAAAGAUUCUCAUUCAAUUAUUUUUAUGAUUGACAUGUCAAAGCACACCCAGUUGGCUGUGGCCUGUGUGGAACUUAUGACUAUGUUGAAUCAUCCCUCAACACAAAACCUGCCCUUGUUGAUUCUUCUGAAUAAAAUUGAUGUUCAGUUUGGCGUAACUAGAUUUGAGCUAGACAGUCUCCUGAGGCUGGAUGAUUUGAUUAAAGUGGCCCCACAGAAAAUCACAAUUAUAGAGAUCAGUGCUAGGACUGGCAACAAUCUGGACAAAGUGGCCAGGUGGAUCUAUGAGCAAAGUAAAGGAAAAGAAAGUACCUCAACUUGAUGGAAACAGAUGGUCAAGAGGAAGUGUUUGUGUUCAGUGGAAUGUUUAUUACUUGUGCUCACUUCCCUGUACUACACUAACUAAAAGUUUUAAGAAACUUUGUCUACAAAGAGUUUCUUAGAUUUCAAUUGGAAUGAGGACUUUACUAGCUUUAAAAGUGUUGACCCAGAAGUUUGGCUACAUUGUGAGAAAGUAAGUAUUGACUACACUCUGGUGAACCCAUUACACAGUGAGUUUAAAAAAAACAUAGAUUGAUUAAAGGACACUUAGACCACAAAGAAGAUGGUUGAAUUGAACAGGAAGUAAUCCUAAUUCAUUAACGUUUCACUCAUAUCUUAUAUGCUGACUUGAUUGGAGAUAUAUAUGUUUGUUUCAAUGAGAUAAUGUUUAGAGAGAAGGAAAAAAAAAUGAAAGAAUUACUGACAUUGCAAUUUUUUAUUUGUAUUGUAACUUCUGUAAAUAGAUUAUUCACUUAGUCAAUUACACUAUAUUUGGGAAAGCUUACAUGGUAAGGGCCAUAAUGUGUUUCUCUACAGUCAGUGGCCAUCAAAAAAUUAAAAUAGAUUGCAACAACAUUAUCAAUAUAAACAUAACAACUAAUUUCAAAACAUAUUGUUGAAAAAACAAAAUAAAUACUUAUUUAAGUGCUUGUUAUAUGGUCAUGCUGUUUCCUUUUUAAAAAAAAGAUAUGCCCCACAAAAAAAUUCCCUCCCUUGAGAAAUGCAGUUCAUGUUUAAUAGCUGACUGAAGUGUGCUCUGCUGAAUUAUUGUUGUAUUGUAUCUGGUUUUUGUAUUUCCACAUCAUGACCUGUUUAUUAUGCAUACAUUUUAUUCUAUGAAAUAGAUUUCUUGUUUAUCUGACUUCAUUUUUUUUUAUAUGGAUCCAUUUUAAAAGAAACAACAAAUCCAUGGCUUUGGGGAAACAUUUUCUCUCCAUCUCACUAUUUCACAGACCCUGACCCUUUUCUAGCAACCAGCAAUUUCUGUAGCAGUUAUGCAUCAUGAUAUUCUAUUUUUUUUUAUUUUUUUUUAGAUCUUUCAGUUCAACAUGAACAUGUUCAUAAAUUUUAUGAAUCAAGUUUUUUUUUUGUUUUUUUUUUUUGUUUCUUUCUAUAUUUAACAUUAUCUUUGGAUCAGAGGUCAGAACACUGACUAAUUCAUCAUGUGUCCGUUUGGCUAAACCAAUUAUGAUCUCACAUUUUUAGAGAUAAUUCUUAACAGAACUUGGAAAGCAGAAUUUGUUUGACAGGAAUUCUAUGAUCAUACCCAGUAUACUUCUAUUUAUUUAUUUAUACUUCUAUUUGUUUAUUUAAUGUGCAAUAUGAACCUUGUUUACACAAGUUUACUGGUAUUGUACUUUUUCCCCUUUAUUUCCUUAUUUAUUAAAAAUGUUUGUGCACUUUGAUUAUUCUAGCUGUUUUAACACUAAGAAGAGAAAGUCUUUGUAAAUAAAUAAGACUAGAACAAGACUUA